AUGCCCAGGAAAUCUUUGAAAAAGUCAUUAAAGUCUAGACCUGAUUCUAUAAUUAGAAUCAGAAAAGAUGUUGAAGAAGAUGAUAAAUAUUAUAUAAAAAUUGGCCCAAACGCAGAAGAAAAUUUUGAAUUUCCCGAUCCUCAGACUAUUCUGCAAGUUUGCAAAGGAUCUUCGGAUCUAUGGAGAAACAGUUUAGAUCAGAGGUUUAAAUACAAAUUUGAGUUGCUUUCAAACAAAGUCAAAAACUCGUACAAGCAGAAGGAAUUGUUUAUACAAAUGUAUAAUCCAUCAUCAUCACCUUCAACAAAUGACAGUAACAAAGAUAAUGACGAUUAUUAUUAUAAUACAGCCACAUCAAAAGACCCAAUAGAAAAUAAAGAAACCGGCGAUGACAUUAACAUUUUGGCGGUCGAAAAUCAGGAAUUAACUAAUGAAGAAAGAAUAAACAUUGCCACCCAAUUAUUUCCCACAGGAAUUGACAUAAGUUUAGUAGUAAGUUCAGAAAGUGCUGGUAUUCCAUUUUUUAAAUCAGACCACCAUGUAAUAUGA